AUGAGCAGACCUCUAUUCUCUGUCUCUUGUGCGGGACUAAAAGAGUUCAAAAAUUACUCCAUUUUAGGAGACGAAAAUAAACCUAGUUUAGUUGCCUGGGCGAUUAAAGAAAGCGGUUGUAAAAAUCCUAUUAUUCUCUUGGAUGAGUUAGAAAAAGUAGAAGAAGGAAGCCAAGUUCAAGGAGACCUAAUAAAACUAUUUGACAUGUAUAAAAAUGAAGGAAAAGACAAAAGUGAAAAAUUAUUUGACAAAUAUUAUCGAGAAGAUAUAGAAUUAGACCAUAUUACUUUCUUCACUACUGUUAAUUACCCCGAAAAUUUAGUCCCCCUUCUUAAAAAUAAAGAAUAUAACCAAGAAUUAACUCAGAAUCAAGAAAUACAAAAAAAAAUAAACCUUAUUGAUUUUGGUGAAGUAGACAACGAAAAGGGAGAUGGCUCAGCACUGGAACAAAGUUUAUUACCGAUUUUUGACCCUCAACAAAAUACCGAGUUAUUUAGUGAAAAAGAAAAAGUUGAUUUAUCAAAAUAUAUUUUAAUUGCCACUAGUUCAACCCGCGAUAUGGGAAAACUCUCAGUUCCAUUAACUUCACGACUAGAAUGUGUUAAUGUGGAUACUGCCAAACCCCGACAAUUUUUUUUAGAUAAACAUUUUAGUUGGAUUUUGGCGGAGAUUAAACCUGGUAGCGAAGGAGUUUAUAUAGGGAAUUAUCGUGGUGAUGAAAGCAAAAGACUCCACAUUUGUCAGACUUGUUAUAAGGAAAAAGAGCAAGAAUAUUUACAGAACUACUCAUUUAUUUACACUUAUGAUAAAUCCCACUAUGCAAGAGCUGGGACAGGUUAUGUAAAAACUGAUGACUCUGAUUGCUAUGCUGACCAGAAAGACCAAAACGGCAAAAUAUUAAAACAAAAAGAUUGUCGCCACUGCCAACCGUGGAAAUAUCAUAAUGAUAGACUAAAAACUUGUUCUAAAAAUCCACAAAAAAACAAUCCUCAACCCUGGAGUCCACCUAAAAGCUCAAAGAAUAAUCAGGAAAAGCCAGCAAUACCCACCGAAAUGAAAGUUUUUUGGGGAAUAAUAGCCAUUGAGAUAAGUAGCAAAGAGAAAGCAGGAUUAGAAAUGGUGGAAAUUAAUCCUGAGAAAAUAGUUUUAAAAAUCACUUACUCGUGGGCUUUUUGUCUUAAUGCUGACCAAGAAGACCCCUCCAUCCCGUCAAUUUCUUCGGAACAGCAACUAAGAAAUUACCAGUUAGCAGAUGUUAAUUUUCUCAGCCAAUUAAAAAGCGGAGCAGUUUUUAGUGAAAUGCGCACGGGCAAAACUCCUACCACCUUAAUGACUUUUCAUCAAAAAGAUAGUAAUAAUAAUUACUGUGUUAUUAUUGACGAAGCCCAUUUCCUUCGUAAUUAUCAAUCUCAGCAAAGCAAAAGUAUUUAUGUCUUACGCGAUGCUGCUUACAAACUGGCUCUGACGGGAACACCCAUUGUUAAUCAUCAUACGGAUAUCUUUGACUUUCAAAACGAACAAAAACAGCAAGAAUUACAAGAAAAAAUAGAAUAUUUGCUAAUGGAAGAGGAACAACAAGAAAUUUACUCCCAGUGGCGAGCAAGUUGGCAAGGUAAAUAUCAGCCGUUAGAAAUAUUAGCCAAAUUAAAAACUUUAACUCUUUAUCCCCCCGCUCUCGGUGAAACCUUUUUAGAACCCUUAUCCCAAAUAUUAAAAGAACAAAAAAUAGAAGUAGGUCUGAUUACUGGCAAAUCUACUUACAAAGAAAAAGAAGAGUUUAUUCGUAAUUUUCAAAGCGGUAUUUUAAAGAUUUUGCUGUGUAAUAUUCAAAGUGCGGGUGUAGGUUUAAAUCUUAGUCGAGCCGAAACUAUUAUUUUUGCGGACCGCAGUUAUUCUCCCGCCGAUAAUGAGCAAGCCGAAGCCCGUUUUUUACCUCCUACCGAUGCUGAAUUGCCACGGGAAAGAAGACAUAAUUAA